AUGUCAGCACAAUUUAUCACACCGAAAAAGCGUCCCCACUCACCACUAGAUAGUAAUGAAUUACUUCCUUCUUUUGAAGAUCCCCAGGAUAUGAUAAAUGCAGUGGUAUCUACGUUACUGGCUCCAGAGGAGAAAACCAAUGUUUCUAUUGCAUAUGCCAAUGAGAAAAAUCAAGCCACAGAAAUCCAAGCCUAUGCUAAGAUUGCUGGUAAGGAUUGGACAUUUUAUGUCAAGUCAUUGGCAGUUUCGAUAGGAAGAAAUAUUGAAUUAUCCGCACCCAGUAAUACUAAUAUAACUACACCUUUAAUAGAUAUUGACUUGGGCCCAGCUAAAGUAGUCAGUAGACUGCAUGCCGCUAUUACUUAUAAUCUAGAUUUAAGAUGUUGGGAGUUAAAAGUUCUUGGAAGAAAUGGUGCAAGAAUAGACGGUCAAAAAGUUAAUGUUGAUUCACCAAAUGUUAAUGCAUUACAUUCGGGGGCAAUUUUGGAUAUUGGUGGUACCCAAAUGAUGUUUAUUUUGCCUGAUGCUCCAGCAGUUGUUGCCCCGAAAAUGUUGGAGAAAUGUCUUCUCAGAUACAAGGAGCAACAACAACAACAGAACAAACGAAUUUCAAGUGGACCUGGUAUCGGUGGCUCCACAAGUUUUCAAAUGUUUGAUAAAGCUCAUCUAACUCAUUCCCCUUCAUCUAUUUCAGCAAACUCGCUCCAAUCAAAUUUGGAUCAAGACUUGUCAAAAGAGGAAGCCAAAGAUAUCAAGCCUCCCUAUUCUUAUGCGACAAUGAUUACGCAAGCAAUCUUAUCGAAUCCUCAAGGAGUAAUGUCAUUAUCUGAGAUUUACAAUUGGAUUGCUGAUCAUUACGCAUACUAUAAAUACUCGAAAACUGGUUGGCAAAAUUCGAUUAGACACAAUUUGUCCUUGAAUAAAGCGUUUGAAAAAGUUCCAAGAAGACCAAAUGAACCAGGAAAAGGUAUGAAAUGGCAAAUUAGUGAAUCAUACAAGGAAGAAUUUUUAAACAAAAUUUCUGAUGGAACCAUCCUGAAAACAAGAAGAGGUUCUUCAGUUUCUAGACAAUUGAGUUUACAUUUGGCUACUCAUAACCAAUUACCCGAAUCACACAAGUAUACAAUGGAUCAACAAAUACACAACGGUACCGCUGCUUCAAUACCUCAGCAACAAAAACAACAACAACAACAACAAAAACGACCACCACAACAACAGAAUUCACAGCCACACUUGUCGCAACCCCAUUACACAAUUCCUUCUAAUCCCAUGCAAACCAAUUCCAUGGGAUACAUACCACAAUCCAAUAUUUACAAUAUGUCAAAUAGCGAUCGUCGUUAUACACCAUACCAACAACUGCAAAACCCACUUAUGUAUCAACAUCAACAGCAACAUAUUGGCCAAACAUAUAACCAAUUAGGGCGACCACAAGGCCAGCUAGGACAACCAAUGAUGCAACCUCAACAACAAAGCUACACCCUGAGUAACAUUAAAACCGAGCCCAGUUCUCCAAAAAGAAAUCCAUCUAUUUCUAACAACACACCAAAGAUGGCUAAAGGCACAGUAUCAACAGAAAGCCAUUCGAGAAGCACAUCGUAUACGACAACACAGUUGCACGAAAUGUCCAAUUUCAAUAGUUCUGCUAAUGAUAGUACUUCAACUGCCCCAACUGCUUCUACAACAACAAAUGGAGACAUUGGAUUAAACUUUGCCAGUCCCAAAAAGAUAACUGCUUUAGAAGCCUAUACGCCGGAAAGAGGUUCAAAAGGUAAUCCUAGCGGCACCAAUAAUAAUAAUAAUACUAAUAAUACUAAUACUAAUACUACUAAUAAUAAUAAUGGGAAAAACACAGCUGGUGGUCCAAAUACAAAUCAAUCGUCACCGGCAUUUUGGAAUUUUGUUCAAUUUAGUACACCUAAUGGACAAUCACCAGUAAGAAAAAGUAGUGAAGAAGUAGGGAAUAAUAGUCCUACAUUGAAUAGAAAAAUAAAGCGAGAGAGGGAAAAUGAUGAAACCAAUUCGCCAUUUAAAAAAAAACAACGGACUGAAAUGAUUGAUCUGUGA